AUGCGCUUUCAAGUUUUCCUCAAUGUACUUUGGCUUUCACUGCCUCUUUUCUUACAAACAUCCCUUGCCACACCACGUUACCCCAGAGGUUACCAAUCUCGGCCAGCUUCCACAGUCUUUCAGCUCGAGAGAAAUGGCAGUUGGUUUGAAAAUCUCGCUGUUCGGUCAAACGGCAACAUUCUUGCCACGCGAAUCGACACCCCUGAGCUCUGGUCAAUCGUGCAAAACAGCAAUAGUAGCCACCUAGGGCAAGCUACCCUUCUGUUCAGGUUCCCCAACGCUAUGAGUACUAUGGGCAUUACAGAAAUAGAUCAUGAUGUUUUUGCGGUAAUUUCCGGCAACAUAUCUCUUCCAAGCAUCACUCCUACCCAGGGUUCAUUCGUUGUCUGGACUGUCAACGUUACUGGUGCAACGCCCGAGGCUAAGGUUCUAGCACCUCUACCCAAAGGGCAGUUCCUCGAUGGAAUAACCAAGUUCAGCGAUGACCUGCUCUUGAUUUCCGACGCCGCAAUGGGAACAAUCUGGUGCCUCAACACCACAACAGGAGAAUCUUCGGUGGCCUUGUCGCACGCCUCAAUGCUCCCUGCCGCUGGGCAGGCCGUGAAAGUUGGCGUGAAUGGACUUAAGGUGCUGAACAGCUUUGUCUACUACACUAGCACUAGCCAGGAAGUCUAUGCUCGCAUUCCGGUUGACGGAAACGCGACUGCGGUGGGACCAGUCGAGAUCAUUACUAGCGGUUUUACGUUCGACGACUUCAUCCUGACGAAAGAUGGAACGGCCUAUCUGUCGACAAAUCCCCAGAAUGAGUUGAUCAAGGUAUCGCCUAGGGGGCGUGUUCGUUUGUUCGCAGGGAACCAGUUCAUGUUGUCAGUGGGGGGAUCAACUGCUGUCGCUAUUAAUCGUGAACAUUCGAUUUUGUACGUGACAACUAGUGGUGCGCAGUUUGCACCGGUUGCUGGAAAGAUGGAGCCUGCGAAGAUUGUGGCCAUUCGGUUGUAA